CUUAGUUCGGCACGACCAUCAUGUCUUCAUCCAUUAGUACCAUCCCGCUAGCAUCUCAAGUCGGCGGACAUGCUGGAGUUCUCACAAGUGAAGAUGGAUCGCUCCUGAUUAAACCUGCUUCACCACCAGAACAUCAGUUCUACCAAUCCCUCAAUACCAAUCCCGCAUUUGAUGCGCUCCGACCGUUCGUCCCAAAGUUUCUUGGCACCCUCAAACUCGAAGGUCAGGUCGACGAAACAAACCAGGGUUUGGAUCCAGGAAGUGGAAUUGCCGUAAAGCAGCUCCCCGAAGCGCACCAGAAAGAUGAGUGGUCAUCAAUGUCUCACGGUCAUUUCCUUGUCCUAGAGAACUUGUUGCAUCAUUUCAUUAGACCAAAUAUCCUAGACAUCAAGCUCGGGACUGUAUUGUAUGAUGAAGACUCGUCAGCCGAGAAAGUUGCUAGGAUGGAGAAGACUGCUAGAAAUACGACAUCCUUGGAGACAGGCGUGCGACUAACGGGUUUCCAAGUAUAUGACAACGCUACCAAUGAAGCCGUUAACACGCCCAAAUCCUAUGGUAAAUCCAUCAAGCCGUCCGAUCUCUCUGAGGGCAUCGCACGUUUCUUCCCCGCUCUCUCUGUCUACAACACACAAGGUCUACCCCCAAAGCUUCUCGUACCCGUGCUCAAAGGGCUUCGUGAGGACAUCGCAGAGAUACGUGAGGCGUUUGCUAGUGUCGAUUUGAGGAUGGUCGGCGGUAGCCUGCUCAUUGUUUACGAGGGUGAUUUGGCCAAGGCAGAGGACGGGGCGAAAUGGAUGUUGGAGGAAGAAGAUGAGGAAGGUGAAGACGAUGACGACGAUGACGAUGAGAAGCUCAAGCGAGGACCUCCAUAUACCGUCAAAUUGAUUGAUUUCGCUCAUACCAGGUUUGUACCAGGGCAAGGGCCUGAUGAGGGCGUGUUGAAAGGCUUUGACACGGUUCAGAGUCUGUUGGAUGGAAGGCUGAAGGAAGUAGAGUCAGCGUGAGACGGCAAUUCCCGUACAAAUUUUACUUACUAGUGACAAUACAUGGAUUUCAGCAGUCAUAGAAAG